AUGACCAAAAGUCAUUCUAUAAUUCCCCUAAUCGGGUUAUCGAUAGUCGUGCUCGUCAACGGAUCCUUCCCAGGCAUCUACCAACGACCGAUUCUUUCUAGCCAUCAACGCUACAAAUCUCCCACCCACACUCAAGAAGGCUGGUCCCCGGAUCCAGAUUCUCAUCCACGUGGCACUCAUGAUGUGUCAACCAACUACGAUUCAUCUGACUCCGCCCACUCUCCAUCCGAUAUCCAUUCCUCUGACACGUCCCAUCACGAUUCUGCUCAUUCCAAUGACUCCGCCCAUUCCCACAUUGACCACCGCCGUAUUCGUCGGGCUCCUAAUGAUCCCUUCGAAACCAUGGUGGACCGAAUGGAGAAAAUCUCCCGUGUCACCAAUGGAAUUGCUCUCCAACAAGGUCUCACCAGUCACUCCAUCCCAAUCGAUACUCUCAUUUCGGAACUUCUCAACUUAGAUUCUGUUUCUCCAGAUGACAUCAACAAGAUCAACGCUGAGGAACUUCAGACAUUGGUCACCGAAAUGGAAGAACUUCCAAAUCUGCUCAAAAAUGGUUUCAAAGAAGCUGAACGAAUUGAAAAGCGAUUCCUGAUGUAUGCAUUGAUGUUGGAGGAGACAGAGGGAAUCGGCAAUGAUGUCAAAAUUGAAGGGAAAGAUGACUAUUUGAAUGAUGUCAAAGCUUUGAAAGCGAAGAACAUUGUUUUCGAAGACUGGUCCUACUUAAAAAGAUUCCUUGAAAUUUUCGAGAUGGUGGAAACUCAAAAUGUUUCUAAUGACAUUUUUGACAAUAUGCAAUCCAUGAGCUCCACUUUAAAAAAUAUAAAGGGAGUAAAUUUGAGUGAUUUCACGACAUUUGUCGAUUAUAAGAAACUCAAACAUCCGGAUCAGAUCUUCAAACCUAACUUUGGAAUUCAGAAGGCCAUUGCCGCGUUCUUGAACGAUCGGGCCGUUUCUGAAUAUCGCAGUGUCAAAGACCAGCCACCUACGGAAACAAUUAAGGAAUACUUGACGGCUAUCGAUUCGAUAGCAGGAAACUCCAAGAAGAAUCUCGCUGCAUUCCGAGUCUUGGAUCAAAUCCUUCUGAAGUCACGUCAACGUGUUCGUUUGAGUCGAAAACUGUCUGAAACUCCUGGCUUCUCAAAUGGUUUCAAUGACCUCGACCUGGUGUUCUCUGAUUUGAAGGAUGAUUGGGUGAAAGAAGUGGUGGAGGGACAAUCGGAUGCACUCGUCAAGGUUCUCGAUUCCAUUCGAUCUCUGAUCAAGAUAACUGGAGAAGUGUCUGAUUCGAGUCGAUUCGCUUCUGGAGUUCAAACCAUUAUUUCUAACGUAUUCGAACAUGCAACGAGCUUGUCGGAGUUCUCUGGCUUUUUCGUGGAUUUCGUAGCUCACGCUUCAGAUAUUGUUCUCGAGACAUUGGCUAAUGAUAUGGAAGCGAAAAACACUAAGUUUGAUGAGUUCUUCUCCAAAAUCAAGACGCUAUCCGACAUACUGAAUGCUCUCGAUGACGUGUUUAAAAUCUAUGAGACUCUGGCCUCCGAAGAAUAUCUGGGCAAGAUCAACAAAACACUGGAAAUCACAGAGUUCACCGCAAAGACUGAUAGCACCAAACGACGUGACCAACUGAAGAAAAGCCAGGAAGCAAAGGACAUACGCGAACUUAUCAAGACUGCCAAUCCAUCCAUAGCCAUUCUCAAAAAUGCGGCCAACAUCGAUCAGCUUUUGGCGGAUAUUGAAACUGGUUUUCCCGAAAUCGACGAAUUCACUACUGGUCUGUCCAAGUUCUUCGAAAAGAUGAAGGAGUUGAGAGGUCGUAAAGGAGUCAAACUUCUGAAGCCAGCAAUCUCCACUAUCCAAAUGCUCAGGAAUUUUCAACCAAACUUUGGCGCAUUCAAAGAAGUGACUGACAGAAUUCCCGAAAUUCAGAAAAAAAUGAAAGAUCUGAAAGCGUUUGUCAGUGGUUUCAAGCCGUCAGAAUCAAAGGAAAACACGGAACUGAUGAAGCUUCCGAAUGUUCAGAAACAUUCGUUCAUUCUGGGAUCAUCAACGCGUGUCUUCAAAAGUAUGAAGUUGGCUUCCGAUAGAAAACUGAAUCUGGACAAGACGGAUAUUGAUUUUGUGUUGAAUGAAAAUGCAAGUUUGAGUUGGAAUCUGGAUUCAGAAGAUGACAAAAAUCUGAAUAAUCUAGAUGGAUUGGAUGCAAAACUGACCGAUUUCUAUCGAGAUGUUGACAGGAUCAAAUCUUCUGCCAAAGUUUCGAACUCGACGAAUCUCACUUCCCUGAAUUUCACUCUUGCGGAAUCGAUCAAUGGACUCUCUUUGGAUUUUGGAGCGAUUGGUAGAUCAGUUGAGAAGAUGUCGAAGACGUCUUCCAAGAAGUCGGAACUUUUGGAAUUCAAAACAAAACUCGAUUCGCUGGAUUCUAUGGGUCUGGACUAUGAUAGCCACCAGUCAGACAUUGGAAAAUCCGCAGAUUCACUGAGCAAAAUGGAAUUGUUUUUUGCCAACUUUUCUUCGGCAAUGGCUCCGCCUGCUCAAAACUUGACAGCUCCUCACAAUUCCAGCUUGGCUCAUCCAGUAGUUGUUAAGGAACAAAAUGGGUUAUCGAUUUAUUUGGGUGCUGCACUGGCUGGAGCAGUUGUCGUUGGCUUGACUGGUGCUGGAUUUUUCCUUGCACUUCGUUAUUUUAAGAACAAACGAGCUCAUUUUGAUCUUCCGUUUUCAUUCGGUUUCCGAUUUUUGGCCAUUAUCCGCUUCAAGCUCACCGCUCUGCAUUACAGGAUGUUGGGAAUGCAGUAUUCGGACUCAUUUCUUUAUGCACGCUACUGUAUGGAACUCUAUGAGCAUGACUCGAAAGAGAACGAGGAAGAAAACGCCGGAACGGUGACACCCGAAUUCGACUAUGACAAGAACACCGGUCGACUCAACGAAACGAACAGAAUUGUUCUGAAGUUGAAGAAGCUGUUCAACUUGGAUCACUACCACGGAAACAUGAUCGAGUUCAGAGACGGUUUCCUGGUUGCCUUGUGUAAAACACCACGCGCGAACCACGGAGGUGGAAUGGACACGAGAGGACCCUAUUGGUUGGCGGUUGCUGAGAAGAGAGCGUUGUGCGUCUGUAUUGGCAAAAUUUCUG